AUGGAAAUCGUUUCCUCCGAUGACCAGGAGUUCCAGAUUCAAGAGGCUUGCUCAACUAGUCACUUGACUUUUAAGGCUCCCUCUGCAAGAAACCCUCUUAUCCGCCAGCGAUCUGGUACUUUCGCGGGAUUUACUGAGAUCGAAGGGAAUCGAACUGCCGGUACACCUGCAAAACAAGAGAUAAAAGAAGAGGAAUUACAGGAGAAGGAGAAAAUCAAGAAGCUUUUGAAUGAGCGACGAAAAUUCUCCAGGCAAAAUAAAUGGGGCAACUGCUCGUACAAGGACUUGAUCGUUGCUGCGAUCGAAAGCAGUCCUUCGAAGAAAAUGACGCUCAACGAAAUCUACGAGUGGAUUGUAAAGAACAUCCAAUAUUUCAAAAACGAUUCGGACACGAAUUCGUCUGUCGCUUGGAAAAAUUCUGUUCGCCACAAUCUUUCACUUCAUCCGAUCUUCCAAAAGGAACCACCACAGACAGGCGGUUCACGUUCGAUUGGGUCGUAUUGGAAAAUUGACCGUUCAAAAGAUAGAGCGAAAGGACGCGGGCGAGCGAAGACUCUACCAAUGCAAGAUUUGCAGUCAGCUAGAGUGCGUCGGACGGACAAACCGCCAACAGGGCGUAAGAGCAAAUCUAAGGUUACAAAAACCGGUCAACAGCGCCGCGACUCAACACCUUACAAUGAUUCUUCAAUUAAAAAGAGCUCUCACACAGCAAUGGUCGACGACAAUCCAAUGAAUGAAUUAAAUAGUGAGUUCUUCAAGAUGGGACACCCAUCUACAGUGGCCACAUCCUCAGUGCGGCCUCCCAUAGCUGUCCCAGAUGACGGCGAUGAGCAAGUAACAAUUCAGCAGAGUAAAAAGUCAGCAACAAGAAAGUCAAACCAAAGCAAUGAAAACCCAGGUAAAAUGCAGGAGGCGAAACCCAAGGCAGAACUAAAUGAUGAGAACGCAACUUUCCCUGGCAUUGAUGCAGGACAGAUAAAAGAUUAUCUUUCCCGAGAGGACGAAAACCAGCCGCUCGUGAUAAAUUGUCUCCCGCAGAAUCCUCCUGCUAGUACUUUCGUGAAGCAGGAGACGUUUUGCAAGAAAGCAUCGAAAGCCGACGAGUCAAGCAAGAAAGAGACCACUAAAAAAGCAUCUAAAUCCAAGAAAUCGAAGAAAUGCAAGAAACAGCCAAGUAGAAAAGAAUUUGUCAAGGAAGAAGACCCUGAUUUCGCACCUCCAUACCUUCCCCCAAAUUAUAUUGAGUUCUUUAAUAACUACAUGUAUUCAAAAGCUCUGGAAGACUCUGAAUUCUGGGAAGUUAAGAAGAAACGACCGCAGACUCAGCCGACAGUAUUCAAAUAUCCCAAUACAGCACCAGCAUCCAAUAUUCAGCGCCCCACCUACCAAAGCUCCAUUCCUAGUACCUCAUCUUCGUGCUAUUCUGCUGCUCAAAAUCGAAGACCAGUUCAACAGCCAUCGACUUCGCAAGAUGGAGUUCACAUCUUCCGAUGCCCACCGUUGCCUAUGCGUUUGCAUUCGCAGACUUCCGUUUCUCAUCAAUUGCAUCAUCAGCCGCCCCGGCAGCAUUCUGUUGCAAUGCGUCCUUCCCAGCAAGCUUCCACUUCGCUCCAGAUCCAUUACGAAGAUCCGUCCGAGCAACAACAGACUACCCAGAUUGAAGAAAUGGAAACUUAUGAGCUGCAGCCAAUAGAAAACCAUGCCAAUAUUUCUUCAAACGAUCAAGAGACGCAUCUUUUAACGAUGAUGGAGGUGAAGACUGACGAACACCAAAAUAGCAAUCAACAAAGUUACAUGUCACAACAAACGGUCUCGUCCCCAAUGGCACAGCACCAGCAAUCUGUCAACACGAUCACUUUCCCCGAGCAGCCGUUCCAAUGCCAGCUUCAAGCUAGUCAGCAAAUUCAUCUACCUGAACUGCAACGACGGGAACAUCAGCAACAUCUCAAUUUCUCUCAGCCGCUCUUGCAGCAGCAGAAUCACCAUCACCAACUCAUGCAACUGGCACCAAUCCAAAGCCACCAACAGCAAAUCAAUCCACAAACAAACCAAACGGUCAACAAAGAUGACCCCGGUUAUUGGCCAGAAAAUAUCACUUGGGAUGAGCUUGUAUAA